CGCCAUUUUGUGCUGCUGCGCCGGGUAUUUAUCUGAAGAGUCGUGACUACCCCGUUUACACUGCUAGUUAGGUUGUCAGACGGUUCCUGUUAUACCCGGUUUAUAAAUUCAAGCCUGUGGCCUUCGAUAGGUUUCGCUUACUGAGUUUUAGUUCGGAGUCAACAUCAAUAACUCAUUUUGUAUAUUUAGUUUAUUUUAUACUGUGUGAGAAAGAAUGUCGUCCGAAGCCCCCGAAUACGCUCCGUUCUUCGCGGUGAUGGGCGCCUCUGCGGCGAUGGUGUUCAGCGCCUUGGGAGCAGCCUAUGGCACAGCAAAGAGUGGUACAGGGAUCGCCGCCAUGUCCGUGAUGAGGCCGGAGCUCAUCAUGAAGUCCAUCAUCCCAGUGGUCAUGGCGGGUAUCAUAGCCAUCUACGGCCUGGUAGUAGCAGUGCUGAUUGCCAACAACAUCUCUGAGAAAGUAACCCUCUACAAGAGUUUCCUCCAUCUGGGAGCUGGACUGAGCGUGGGCCUCAGUGGGUUGGCAGCAGGCUUCGCAAUUGGCAUCGUGGGCGACGCGGGCGUGAGGGGCACAGCUCAACAGCCGAGGCUUUUUGUGGGCAUGAUCCUUAUCUUGAUUUUCGCAGAGGUCUUGGGUCUCUACGGGCUCAUUGUUGCCCUCAUUCUCUCCACAAAAUAAACACCCAGACAUCUUUAAUACAAGAUCUGUCCUUUAUGUUGCUGCUGGAGGAAAAAGUGUAAAACGGGGAAAAAAUUGUAAAAUGUCUGCCUCUCAAGAUGAAAGAAGUGAAGGCGGGGGGGGGGGGAAAAAAGGUUUAAAAUGGCUACUUAAAUAUGGUCUUAUCUCAACAAUGUGUACAGUUGUCCCAAUUUGAUAGUCAACUUGUAAAUGCGCAACGUAGUGAUUUGUCUGUCGUGUGUGUGUGUGUGUGUGUGUGUGCGUGUGUGCGUGUGCGCGCGCACGUGUGUGUGUGUGUGUGUGUUUUAAAAUUGUAUGAUAAAGAUUCCUUUCUUCCCUCCACUUAUUUCAGGCCUUGAGGAAGCGUAGCCUCUGGUCUUAGAGCUGACCAAAGGGCCGAACAGCUCUUCUCCUUCCAUAUCAACUUGGGAGUUGACACAAUUUCUGCAUUAAUCUUGAGGAUCUAUUGUAAAGAGAAAUGUAUAUGGACUUAUUUUUUUUCCACUGAUUUUUAUUUAUAAGAAAUUGUUCAUUGAACUGUUUAAUUCAUCAAAUCUUUAAAUCCCCAGGAUAUAUAAUGCAUAUAUAUAUAUAUAUAUAUAUAUAUAUACACACAAACAUAAAUAUCUACAUAGAUUUAAUGCACUGUUGGUUAAUUGUGAUAAGUGGUUGGAAUUCCUCUGGAUGUAAUUCUUGGUUUAAUAAUUAAGAAUGCCUUUAGUAUGUUGCUGGUGAAGUGGGAGUUUUGUGUGUAGCUGUAUUCUAAUCAUUACGCAAACAUUCUCAAACUCAAUGUUUUUCCUGUAGUACUGCUGUUUGCAUUAAAGGUGUGUGUGUGUGCCCUGUGUUGGGUCUCACAAGCGUAAUUUCCAAAUUCCAGCUCCUCUCCAUCUUAUUCCCCCCUUCCCUCAUCUGUGGCUGUAUGUCAUCGCUUCCACAUUCCAGCCAUUAGGGUCCUGCAUGGGUUUCAGUGUUUUGUUGCCGUUGGAUAUAAAGCAGGCUAGUUUCAGGAGACUUGAUCCAGAUCAAAGUUGGUUUAGUGAUGUAUACUUCCUCCAAAAAAAAAAUACUAAAUCAAGUGUACAUGACAAAAUACUUUAUGGUAUCGUUUGUAGCAUGAAUCCAGUGAGCCUAGUUUCAUGGACUAGUCCAACUUGAUCUGGAGUUUGUUUUCUGAAACUGCUGACUCAUUUAGUAAAGCGCCAAUCUGCAAUCCUGUAUCACCACUGAUAUUGAAGUUAUCCUGAUGUGUCGACAUGUCACAAUCGAAUUAAAGAAGAUUCCAACUUGG